GUUCCGCUGGAGCGCAGAUCCGCCGCCGCCUCCGCAGCCCGAGGCGGGAGCAGCGCUCCGUGCGCGCCGUACAGCCGCCGAGAGGGACCCCGAGCGGCCGGAGCGGGAGCAGCGGCUGCUCGAGCCGAGGACGGAGCGCCUGGAGGCGCGGGCGGAGACGCAGCCGGACGCCUCGCUCCUGAGGACCAUGGUGCUGGACAAGGAGGAAGGUGUGCCGAUGCUCUCUGUGCAGCCCAAGGGCAAGCAGAAGGGCUGCGCCGGCUGCAACCGCAAGAUCAAGGACCGCUACCUGCUGAAGGCUUUGGACAAGUACUGGCACGAGGACUGCCUCAAAUGCGCCUGCUGCGACUGCCGGUUGGGGGAGGUUGGCUCCACCCUCUACACGAAAGCCAACCUCAUCCUCUGUCGCAGGGACUACCUGAGGCUCUUCGGUACGACGGGAAACUGCGCAGCCUGCAGUAAACUGAUCCCAGCCUUUGAAAUGGUGAUGAGAGCCAGAGACAAUGUUUACCAUUUGGACUGCUUCGCUUGUCAGCUCUGCAACCAGAGGUUCUGCGUGGGGGAUAAGUUUUUCCUGAAGAACAACAUGAUUCUGUGCCAGAUGGACUAUGAGGAGGGGCAGCUGAACGGGAGCUUCGAGACACAGGUUCAAUAGCUGCCGCUACCGUACGGCCUUCUCGCACGGGACAGAUGCCCAGCCGCAGUCCCAGUGAAGGGCAUCUCCUCUGCUUGCCUGCAAUACUUUUUGAUUCUCAUUGGUCCCCAAGGACUCUUGUAAAUGUGAUACUUCUGGCUCUGCCCUCCCCAACACUGAGCAGUUACCGGUUUUUGAUGUACAGUUGUUCCUGCUUAGCUGAGCACUGUAUUGCCUGUAUGUUUGUGAUGUUCGCCCCCCCUUUUUUCGGUAUGGUUCUAUGGAGGGUCUGUACAGUAUGUUUUUCUGUGUAUAUAUAAACCGGAACAUUUAUUUUAUGAAAAUGUAAUGCAAUUUUAUUACCAUUGUGAAUUAAAAAUUCUUAAAUGUUCAGUCUUUUUUUUUUUUUUUUUUUUUGGUCCCCUUAUAUACACCUUUGGAGAAAGCAGGUCCUGUUUCAUAACAAGCCAUACAGUGGCAAACCAGCAAUUACUUGUGUGCUUAUAAAUACAGGCAUUAUUUGAAUACAUCAUAAGUAUGGUAACAAUGCUCAGAAGGUUACUUACCAAGCUGGUGCUAAUAUGAAGAGCAUUAUGCAGGACACUGGUAUUAUGCAGGCUCUUGAAUCUCAGAUUUAGGAUUUUUUUUUUUUUUUCCCCCACAGCCUUCC